GUGCUUGUGGCUCACAAUGGCGGCCUCCUUGUCCGGGAAGAAGAUCGUGUUUGUCACGGGGAACGCCAAGAAGCUGGAGGAGGUCAUUCAGAUUCUAGGAGAUAAGUUUCCAUGCACUUUGGUGGCACAGAAGAUUGACCUGCCAGAGUACCAAGGAGAGCCUGAUGAGAUUUCCAUUCGGAAGUGUCAGGAGGCAGCUCGCCAGGUGCAGGGCCCUGUACUGGUGGAGGACACCUGUCUGUGCUUCAACGCCCUUGGGGGCCUCCCUGGCCCCUACAUAAAGUGGUUUCUGGAGAAGUUAAAGCCUGAAGGUCUCCACCAGCUCCUGGCUGGGUUCCAAGACAAGUCGGCCUAUGCACUCUGCACGUUCGCGCUCAGCACUGGGGACCCCAGCGAGCCUGUGCGCCUCUUCAGGGGCCGGACCUCGGCUCUUUUAUCAAAAGAAAAUCCGUCCUGCUUAGUCCCACCCUGGGCAGAAGCUGCCCUGAGCAGAGUUCCAGACCCAAAGCAAAAGGCUAAUGGGAAGAGGAGCAGACACACACCUUGGAGCCCCCUCAAUGCCCAGACACCCUAAGCCAGUUGGGACAGCUGUGAGGGGGUGCAGUACAGAGCAGCACCCCAAGAUACCCACACACAGCCACAGAGCCAGCCUGGGAAGACCCAGAGGGAUGGGCGAAUGGGGUGUGGCCAGGGCCUGGUAGUCAGGACCUCAGUGCUCAGCGUCCAUGGCGUCCAGGUACUUGGCUUCAAUGAUUUGGGGCAGCAGGUUGUAGCUGAGGGGAGGGGGAACAGGCAGGAGGAUAAGCAUUGGGUCAGGGAGGAACAGGCUGAGGGUAGCCACUCCAGCCCACCGUCUCCCGCCCAGCCGAGUCCCUCCUGCCUGCUGGCCACCCUCCCGUACCGGAUGGGGAUCAUGGCGAUCAUGAUGAGGGGAAAGAUCAUCUUCAUGUAGGGCAGGGUGCUCAUGCCAAAGGCACAGAGCAGCAGCAGCUGCAGGACCUGCAGGCCUGUGAAGUAGUGGAUCUUCCUCUGGGGCACCCUCCGGAUGUAGUGGGUGGGUGGGUACGAGGUCUGUGGGUGGCAGGGACCAGGUGUGGGCAGGUCUGCAGCCAUAUCCCCCACCCCCACCCCUCACUCUCAGGGCCAGACACUCAC